AUGUUUGUGCCUGGAGCACCGAUUUCUCCGUAUGUUCUUACAGCAUCAGGCGCAGGGCAGUCAUUUAUAGGUUCUUCGCAGGCUACGCAUUCCCAGACAGGUUCAUAUUAUGCGAGUGGUUAUAUGCAUCCACGGCAUUCGUCUUACUUCGAUCCGCAGUUUCAUCCAAAUCCCCUUUCAGCUGCAUCUCCUCCCGCACCUUACCCGCCUGCUACUGUAAAUUAUCCGUCACAUCUAGGUAAUAUUGGUAAAACACAUCCCGUGGGUGCUGCAGCUCAAAGCGGCUUCUCAUAUUCUUAUCCUCGUGGCAUGCAUCAGGCCACUGCCAAUAUGGGCUUACCAAGUGGAGGUGGUACUAUCACUCCACAACAGAUGAUCGGUGUGCAGUGCCCAGAACUGCAAAGUAGCACUCAAGCGAACGCAGCCGCAUCUUGGAGAUAUACAAAUCCUUCGGCUGCUGGAUUCCCAGGACAUUUCAUGGAUGCAUUUGGUGGCGGUAUGCCUUCAGCUGCUAGUGGAAGUCAAUUCGCAAUACCAAAUCAGCUUUAUUAUCAGCAUGGAUAUCAUCCAUACCUGAUGCCAAUGAUGCGGAAUGAUUAG